AUGUAUGAAGUAUUUACAUCGUACGAUGCAUUACCUGUGAUGUACGCUUCAAGCGAAGAGGGCAGUCGCAAAGCCCUGGCGGCAACUUUCUUACCUAUGACCACAAUACUGCUUCCCGAAAGGCUACUUGGUCCUGGUCCUAAUGUGGAGCUCUGGCAAGACUGUCUCGUCUCUCAGAACUCCAUCCUGGGCGAGUACGAGACGGAACCACGCUAUUCUAUCACGGGAUGCCAGCUGCCCUGUGCAAAGCCUGCCACCGGGAGCGCGAUGUUCCUCCACGCGGAGAGCGUUUUGAGGAUCGGCUUGUACGAGUACAGCCGUCUAUUUUGA